AUGUUCAUGCGGAACCGCGGUCACACAUGCGACAUGUGUAUGCACAUCGACGAACACCACUACAAGCGCCAUCAUGAAAUGUGUGAGCAAAUCCGGUGCAUAUACGAGACUUGCGGUGAAGACUGGCCCAUCAUUCCUGAGGACGAAGACGGUCGAGGAAGAGCAAGAUUCAGAGACCCUGACACGCAUGGAAGCGACGAUCUGUCAUCUGCAUCGGGCGAAGUACCACUGAAAAAGAGAGAGAGGAAAGAACAGAAGAGGCAGAUGAGAGCCGCGAGCAGAUCCAAGGUCGUUACGCAAGAUGAUAUCAAUUACGUCGACUCCGUUCUACAUCCGGCAGCCUCUCAAGUGGGCACGGGGAACCCGGACAACCCCGAGGAGAUUGAAGAGAUAGAGAAACAUCUGAAGUACAACGCGCAGUGCUACAACGACGGGCAGAAGCGAAGCGACAUUCGGCUGUACGCCCACAUUCCAGAUGCAGACAUUGAUUUCGGUGCCGAGAUCAACCGUAUCUUCGAGCUUCUGCACAUCGCCGAAUUACUCAAGCGCAAAGAGAGGAACCGCGGUUUGCGGAACAAGGAACUAUCAAACUUCAAGACGCUGGUGUCUGAGUUCAAAGAUCUACUCAUCACGGAUCUGGUACAGGCCAAGAGGGACGAACUUGAGAUCAGGAUGCGGAGGGCUGCUUUCUUGAGAUACACGAACCGAGCCAGCUUCGACAUCAUGGCAAAUCGUUACGCAGAUAAGGACUGGAAGACAGGCCAGAAGUAUCAGUCCGCCGGCUCGGCGUCUGCAUCCUCGGAUAGUCUGACGGCCGUCGAGGAGGAGGAAGAAAUUGACUCGGAUGACCUCGCGACGCCGGACGAUUUGCGGCACCUAUCUUCAGCCACCUUACAUGAUGCUGAUCGUAGGCACAUUGAACACUCACACAAGAAGAUCGGUAGCAGCGUUAUCCUUGAACCUGUCGUGGCCGUUCAGGAGAGUAAGGAUCCCCCAAAAGAGGGUGCGCCGAAGCCGCCUCCUUCACUGAGAAUCGUCAACACCGACAUCAUUCCGCCGGCAAAGGUCAAGUUUCACAAUCCUUGGAAACACCGCAACAUGUCCAGACCAUUCGAGACUCUCAAACGGAGUGCACAGUCUCCGUCAUCAAGCGAGCUAUUAAGUGGCGGUCCUGCACCUGACGAGGACGAUGGCUGGCAGACUGUAGGCCCUGUUACGAUCCCGACCCGUGCUUCAGGUAAACAGAGCGAUGCUAGCCGGUCCAUAAGUAGGGCAUCGGUAGCGGCUCCCGAGGACUCUGCUCCUGGCGCGACUCCCAAGGCUCGUUCGCUUUCCCUGAAGCCGAUGCGAGUGGGCGUGAUAGCUUCAAUGUACCAGGAUGAAGCUGAGCGGCACCAGAUGGCCGAGAAAGUGGAGCAGGAUGCAGAACAAGCGUACGUACAGAGCGUUUUGAUCAAGGUUGCUUCAGCUAAUUGUUUGACUAGGAGGCAAGACGCCAAGACGCGAGUCCAGGAGCGAAAAGAACAACUGCAGCUCGCCGAAGCACAUCUCCAACUACAGACAGAGGAGAUGCUCCUGCAGAAGCUCGAAGAGUCUACUGAAGUUGCGAAGUCGCCGGACGUCGAACAGCCCGCUGUUGAGUCGAGAAAGAAGAAGGACAAGAAGAAGCAGCGCGAGACCGAUCGGAAAGCUCGGCGGGCUGCGGAGAAGGAGCCUGGAGCCUCCAAGCAGAUAGAUGAGUUACUUGGUGACACCGAUGUAGCGAGUCCUUCGUCGGACGUUUCAGCUCUCUAUAAUGUGCUUGCGAAAGGACUGGUGGAUGAAGCUGAUCGAGCCCUUCAAUCACCGCGUGGCCAAGGAUCAAGCUCAAAGGUUGCGGGGGCUCACACCACAGACGAUCUGAGCGGUGCCCAUCUCGAAUUGUCGAGAGAUGCGUUGAAGGAGGGAAUUCAGCGCUCCAGGCGUACAAUGCAUGCGAAGGACGCGACAUCUUUGGAUUCAUGGCUUCAUUCCAUAUCUUCACUCCUAGAAGUUCCUCCUCCUAGCAAGGAUCAAGCGCCGGAAUUAGGCGACCAAAUGUUGACGGGUUCUAUCCUGAAUGAUCCAGUGGCAGAUAGCGUUACUACCCCUAAGCGCGAGUCUCGUCAUUCCGAGCCAGCUGAGCGCGCGUCGCCGUCUGCUCCGCUCUCAACAUCCAAGAUUGGCCGACACAAAGAUUGGAUGAAGUUUGCAGGUUCCCUCAAAGUCGACAGCCUAUCCAAACUGCUGUUCACGGCGAUGCAUCCCGCGUACCAGGAGCACGCAGACGAUCUAUACAUCGGCGGAUGCCCGUGGGAAGCUUCGGGAACACCCGAUUGUCCAUACCACAAAACCUACUGCCCGUGCAUUGACCCCGUCGACCCGACCAACGACAAGUACAUCGUCUACGCCGAGACAUACCCCUACCAGAUCGGCCCCUUCAACUGCAUCCAGGCAGCGAAGCUCAUGCACUUCUUCGAAUCUCAGCCCGAGACGAAGGGUAGACUCAUGCUCGUGGAUGAAGACCUCUACCUGUGGCUCUACACCGAAGGCCGCCACUGGCUCGUCGAAGCUAUGACGCCGAAGCAAAUGGAGAACAGUUCCUUCCCGAGGCGCCUCUACUGGGAAGUAAAGGACUACGUGCGCGGCUACGCAAAGGGCAGGGUCCUCAAGCUCGUCGAACAGUUUCAGGAUCUCGCGGACAAGAACGAGCGCUCGCGCACGAUUGGGUGUCGCGCUACUAUCUCGGAAGAGCUUCUGGAAUCCCUGCGGAAGAAGUGCGAGACUAGGCCUGAUAAUAAGGCUAUCUGCUAUUGCAAGGAUAACAUGCCUGCGCACCCUGAGACCGACGACAACGUGGUGCGGUGCAUGUACGUCGACUGCCCGAUUGGGUUCUUCCACCGCCGCUGCGUCGAGAAGCUGGGGCAUGCGAAGGUGUCUACGUGGUACUGCGCGUUCUGCGAGAAGUACAUGAAUGUCGCGGCGCAGAAGGCGCUGCAUGGGGCGGAUGCGAUUCAUAAGGGGUUGCCUGCGCCGGACUUUACAGACGGGAAGUAUGGUGCGCAACUGAGGUGUGUUGCUGCGGGGAUUGAUAUGAUGAAGACGGGGCAUUGUGAGGGGCAUUGA